AUCAGCUGUCGGAACAACACAUGUGUAUACGGCACCAUCUUGCAGUCUAUUUAGGCUGAUAACUUUGUUGUUAUCCGAUCAGUCAAAUUAGUUACUUAGAAAUGGUAUGUUGUGUGAUGAAGUGAGUGCAAGUGAGUGGAGAGUUUGAAUAAACUCAUAAUAGAGAAAAACAAAAUUCUGAAAAUAAAUAAAUUUACAUUGACACUGGAUGAACAAUGAGUGAUAACCAAUUGCCGCCAAAAGUAAUUCACGAAAAAUGGUACAAAAAAGUAACAGUGGAGCCGACCAUGUUCCUGUACAUGUUGGCCUUCAUGUUGACGUCUGUGGUGGAGCAGGCUUUUUUUCUGGACAAAGCUUGCAGGGUGAACCAUAAUUACACACAAGAAAUAUGCGACGGUAUAUCGACCAACGUUGAUCUAAAGAAAGAAGUGCAGAUAACUGUGUCGAAUUUCCAUCAAUGGAAUAACAUCGCAGGUCAUGUGGUGCCGAUUAUUUUAGCACUGUUCCUCGGAUCUUGGUCUGAUCGUAGGGGUAGAAAACUUCCAUUACUACUCGGACUAUUCGGUAAACUCAUCUAUUCCGUAAUGGUAAUGGUUAAUGCAAGUCAAGAUACCUGGCCAGUUGAAUACAUCAUCUAUACAGCAUCGAUUCCUGGCGCUAUCACCGGUGCGGAUGUGGCAAUUUUUGCCGCUGCAUUUGCUUAUAUAUCCGACGUAUCGACCGUGGAAAACCGAACGAUACGUGUCACGAUAUUGGAUGUGUGUUAUCUGAGUACGAUGCCGAUCGGAGUCGCGUUGGGUUCCUACUUAUUCAGCAAUGUCGUCAAUCAUUCGUACAUUAUUAUGUUUGCGAUCAACGCGUCCUGUUUGGUUGCAGCAAUUUUGUAUUCAAUGUUUCAGUUGAAGUGGAAAACCAGCGACAAGCAACGUUCGAUCACAGAGGUGGGCUGCUGUGGCAUGCUGCCCGACUUUUUCGACAAGGAGCAUGUCAUACAGUCGGUGAAAACGAUGACAAAACGGCGACCAAUGAAUCGACGCGCAUAUUUAUGGAUGUUCAUGAUAGCGAUGCUGUUCUAUACAUUCCAGCGGGACGAGAAACCAAUGACCUAUCUGUACACUCAGUUCAAAUUCAAUUGGGAUACGAAAACGUACAGCGACUUCAAAACGUUUCAGUCAUCGGCUUAUGUGAUCGUUAUGCUGACGGGAAUACCGUUGAUGAGUAAAGUGCUGGGAUUCAGAGACACGACUAUAGCAAUGGUAGGCGCUACAGCUCACAUGGUAGCAAGGGUAUUCUUUUGUGUCGCCAACAGUCCAGCGAUAUUUUACGUUGGAGGCGCUAUAUCCGGACUAGGACCGGUGGUUGGUCCAGUCAUCAGAUCAAUGACAUCGAAGGUGGUGCCGCUGAACGAACGUGGUAAAGUGUUCGCCUUACUAGCUUGCUGCGACAAUGCAGUGCCAUUUCUCAGUGGUGUACUUUACACGCAAGUGUACAAUGCAACGUUGGGUGAACAGCCGGGCAUAUUUUACUUAACCAUUGCAACCCAAAUGGCCGUCUUUGUGCUAAUACUCAUUGUACACUUAACGGCUCGCGGACGACCACUCGAAGUACCAGAAGUCGAUUCAACCGGGAAGAAAUUGAUUACCGACAGUGGUUCGAGUUCGCCUGCGGUCGCUACUGAGGAAAAAGCGAAAAUCUAAAUGUUGUACACAACCGGCUGUUGCAUACGAUUUUCUAGUGGCUAGUGAUUUGAAGAGAAAUUUGUACUUAGGACUAAAGUGUAGAACCCUGCAAAGAAAUAUAUUUUUGAUACUCAAA